GCCACUCUGUGCUGCAAUACUUCAAAAGACUACACAAUUGUAUAAUUGUACAGACUCUAAACACUUCAUGUGUUACAAAAAAGGGCCCGAUGAUACCUUACCCGGAUACAAGCUGGUUAUGCAAAACCUAAAUUGGUAUGAAGCUCAGAAUUACUGCAGAACAAACUUCACUGACCUGGUCAGUAUCAUGAAUGACAGACAGAAUGAAGAAUUGAAGGACUGGGGGAUGAACAGCACCACUCCAUUCUGGAUUGGUCUACUGUAUGAUGACUGGGAGUGGGCUGACGGAGGGUACUCUGCCUAUAGAAACUGGCCAGGAACUACAAAUCCACUGCCAAAUAAGUACACAGUGCUUUUAAAUAAUAAAACAUCAUUAACUAUGAUGUCUGUACCAUCACACAAUAUGGUGAAGAAAGCAAUCUGCUCUGAGGAAUUAUUCAAACUAAUCAAAGAAUUAAUGACCUGGGAACAAGCUCUGAAGUACUGUGAGCAGAAACACAACAGACUGCUGCAUAUUGAAUCUAAGGAAGACCAGAGUGUUGUGGAGCAGAGUCUGAGGGGUGCCAAUGUCCCUGGCCCCGUGUGGAUCGGUCUGAGACAGAGCCGUCUCUUUGGGUUCUGGGUCUGGAUCAAUGGGAUACCACUAAAGAGAGAGGACUGGCAUAACUGGGAGGGAGGGAGACAGCCUGAACAGCCCCUGUCCCAUCACUGUGCUGCCAUGGCAAUGGAAAAGGGAGAUUUCAAGUGGAGCGAUCAGGACUGUCUGUCCAUUCACUACUUUAUCUGUGAGGAUCGGGAGACAUACAGAAGGGUUUAA